AUGACCUUCUACCCUAACCAAGCUACAUCCGUGAUCAUUCCGGCCGACUUGGAAUUUAUUCACACAACUCGCCUGUAUCUACGACCGCUGAAGGUGGCCGAUGCUGCAGCCAUCUUUGAGAUCCGACGACGACAAGACGUGGCAGACUGGCUCUGGCCCAAAGUCCCCCAUAAAGACAUAUCGGAGUCCGAGGCUGUCAUUACUAAAAAAACAUUCACAACACCGGAUGCAUCAGGUGCCGUUGGACGGAAGUUCUUCUUCGCCAUAAUCCGCUCCGAGGAUUCAGUACAGAGAGUUAUUGGAGCAGUGGGAAUCAAUGCUCUCAGCCCAGCCCCGUCAGUGGGGUACAAUAUACACCCUGACUUCUGGGGAAAGGGCUAUGCCACUGAGGCAGUUGCUGGUGUGAUAGACGCGUGGUGGGAGCUUGACAGAAUGGUUCUCGACGGGACUGUAUUGGAGUUGGAAAAAGAGAAGUUGUUUGCGGCGUGCAAUAGAGCGAACAUUGGCAGUGUGAAGGUACUGCAGAAGACUGGGUUUAAUAUCUACCACGAGCAGUCGAUCGAGGGUGAUGUGGUUGCACAUUUUGAGUUGGAGAAGCCCACAAAAUAG